AUGCCGGCCACCCUCACGAUGUCUGCGGUCGCGCCGCGCGUCGCGUUCGCCCGCCCCCGCACUUGCCGCCGCCCCGCCAAGGCCGCCCGGCUCGUCGCCGUCGCUUCGGGGGAAUCCUCGGGGAAGGCCACCAAGGACUUCAAGGCCACCUGGAGCACCGACCGGAGCCUGCGAGGGGACCAGAAGGUGGACCUCAACCGCGGCGAGAAGAUGACCAUCACCGUCCCCGCCACGAGCGCGAACAUGGGCCCGGGCUUCGACUCGUUCGGGUUCGCCGUCGACCUCGAGAACGAGCUCGUCCUCGAGCGCGGCGCGUUCAAGGUUGACAUCAUCGGCGAGGGUGAAACCUCCUUGCCCCGCGACGAGUCCAACGCAAUCAUAAAGGCUGUCAAGGACGGCUACGCCGCCAUCUACCCGGAUGAACACCUCCCGAUCGACGACAUCAAGUUCACCUCCGUCAACCGCAUCCCACCCGCGCGCGGGCUCGGGUCCUCGUCCGCCGCCCUCGUCGCGGGACUCGCCGCGGGACUCGCCCUCGCCGGCCAGGACCUCGCCAAGCCCCAGACCAAGCAGCUCUUGCUCCAGCUCGCCGCCGACGCGGAGGGGCACCCCGACAACGUCGCACCCGCCAUCUACGGCGGAUUCCAGGUGUCCAUCAACACCGGCAAGCAGUGGGUGACGCAGGCCAUCGGGCUCCCCAAGGGCAUGCAGGCGGUCCUCUUCAUCCCCGAGUUCGAGUCGCUGACGAGCGAGACGAGGGCGGCGCUGCCAAAGGAAAUUCCGGUGGCGGACGCCGUGUUCAACAUCUCCCGAGCGGCGAUGCUGAUCAACUCGUUCGCCACGGAUAACUUCGAGGCGCUCAGGUACGCGUGCCAGGACGUGAUCCACCAGCCGUACCGCGGCGCCGCGUUCCCGAUGCAGAAGAUGAUCGACGCGGCGUUGGGCAUGGGCGCUCACGGGGCGUUUUUGUCGGGCGCCGGCCCGACGGUGCUCGCGCUCACCGGCGGCCACGGCUCCGACGUCGACGCGGACACGAUGGCGACCUUCCUGGCGGUGGAGGUGGCGGACGCGAUGCUCGCGGCGGCGAAGGAGGACGGGUGCGAGGGCAGGGCGGUCAUCUCCGCGCCCAGCACAGCUGGCGUCAGGUGCAAGAAGGAGGAGACGCUGCUGCGGCGAAUGGGCAAGACGUCGGGGUCGGUUUUUUGA